CGGAUUUACGAUCCACAAUACAAUGAUACCAAGUUACGACCCAAAUGAUACAGAAGCUGGCCUCAAGCUUCUCGAGGAUCUGACAACAAAUGCAGAGGCUAUUCAACAACAAGUUCUUCACCAAAUACUCUCUCAAAACUCUGGAACUCAAUAUCUCCGAGCAUUUCUCGACGGAGAAUCCGACAAGAAUCAACAAAGCUUCAAAAACAAAGUCCCUGUGGUGAAUUACGACGACAUAAAGCCUUUCAUUCAACGAAUCGCUGAUGGAGAAUCAUCUGAUAUUGUCUCUGCUCAGCCCAUCACAGAACUCCUCACUAGCUCAGGGACUUCUGCAGGAAAGCCGAAGUUGAUGCCUUCUACAGCUGAAGAAUUGGAUAGGAAGACAUUUUUCUACAGCAUGCUUGUGCCUAUCAUGAACAAGUAAUAAAUGAGUCAAUACUUAUUUGUUAAUUUACGUAGAUAAUUAACCUUUUUCUUCUGUACAAUUAAUAUCUCUUAAAUUC